AUGGCGGGCCCUUUGGAUUUAUCGUAGGAAUCAUUUUUCAUCACAUCACUUCCCCUGUAGUGGUGGUAUAGAGUGUCUCACGGGGUCGAAUUGAUCGCUUUUCGGAAUGUCACCCUCACGGGGCCUUGCCUUUGCAAGGUCGAUAUCCCGUGCGCACCAGCAACAAUUCCCGCGCUAUCAGAGUACUUUCAGAGCCCUCUCGCGCUCGCAGAUCCCGGUGCAGGUCUACAUCUCCAAAUCGAACAAUCCCUAUCUCAACCUCUCGCUAGAGCACUACCUCUUCCAGACUACUCCCCCCGGGAUCACCACUCUUAUAAUAUACACCAAUAGUCCGUCUAUCGUUCUGGGGCGGAAUCAGAAUCCAUGGGUCGAAAUCAACCACCCUCUAUUCCCCUCAGCUUCUAACCCUCCACUCGUUGUGCGCCGUCGUUCAGGUGGUGGCACAGUCUUCCAUGAUCUGGGUAACGUGAACUACUCCGUCGCUAUGCCGACAUUCGCCUUCUGCCGCGACAAGCACGCGGAGAUGGUCGUGCGUGCGUUGCGCAAGCUAGGCGUUGUGGGGGCGGUCAUGAACAAGCGGCAUGACAUCGUGAUCUUACCGGACGGGAUGGCGGUGGAGGAAACGAGGUUGACCCGGGAGGUAGAGGGCACCAGGAAGAUUUCUGGGAGCGCUUAUAAACUGACUACCCGCCGGUCGUAUCAUCACGGGACGAUGCUGCUGGAGAGUAGGUUGGAAGAUGUGAGCGGCUAUCUGAGGAGUGCCGCUAGGGAGUGGAUGAAGGCUAGGGGGGUGGGUAGUGUCAGGAGCACGGUUGGGAAUGUGCGGGCUGAGGAGGGGAAGUUUGUGGGGGCUGUGGUUGAGGAGUUUGGGAGAAUGUAUGUUGGUGAGGAAGGGGUGGAGAUUCUUAAAGAUACUAUGGCGAGUGGGAAGGGUUGGAUGGAUCAAGAGGCGGGAGUGGGGAUAUGUUGGGUUGGAGAGGAAGUGGGCGAGAUUGAACAGGUGCAAAAGGGAAUUGCGGAGCUGAUGGUGAGCUUCCCAGUCUACAGGAAGGUUUUAUAUGUUAAGCUUGUAGUGCAGUCUCCAGAGUGGAUUUAUGGACAGACGCCGCAGUUUACGUUUUCUGUGCCGGCGCCCAAAGCGAAUGACGAGCCCGUGCCUCCUCUUCCGCAGUCUAAGGAUCCGCUAAGCGAUGCUACUACCCCACCUAUAUUACAGCCCCCCGAGGGCUCGGAAUUGGAAAUAACAGCCAAUAAUGGUAUCAUUCAGUCUGCAUCGCCCCCUCUAGAGAAUCUUGUCGGAAAG